AUGGCGACUCCCCAGUCCACCGGUUCCCAGGACGACGUCGGCGAGGGCAAGAAGCUCGAGCAGAUCACGUUCCGCUUCUGCUCCGAGUGUUCCAACAUGCUCUACCCCAAGGAGGACGAGGAUGCCCACAAGCUCCAGUUCACCUGCCGCACCUGCCAGUACACUGAGGAGGCAGCCUCCACCUGCGUCUUCCGCAACGUUCUCAACAACUCAGCCGGAGAGACCGCGGGUGUGACCCAGGAUGUUGGCUCUGAUCCGACGGUUAGUCCGGCCCCGUCGCUUUGUCUUUUGUGCAACAAUGCCAUCGAGUGUGCCUUUUGCGAUACUCCUGCCGAAAUUGUUGCCUGCUUUGAAAUCAAGCCUGCGAAGACCACCGACAGUAUUCUUGACCAACCCUUGUUUGGCAAGAUCAAAGAAGAGGAUUUCGACAGCUUCCAGAAGGUGGCUCGCGCCAUGGACAACUCUUCGGACGAUUGCGACUCGCUCACCGCAUGGGAUGGCAGCGACAUCGAGGAGGCGACCAUCAAGGCGACCCAGACGAUACUCCGCAACAUCGAGGAGCUUGAGGCGGAGCGUAAGCCCCAGGUCGACUUCAAGCUCCUGCACGAAAUCUUUUACGACGAGAUGGUCAUGGACGUCUAA